AUGCCCUCCCAUGACCCCCCAUGCCCUCUCAUCACCCCCCAUGCCCUCUCAUCACCCCCCAUGCCCUCUCAUCACCCCCCAUGCCCUCUCAUCACCCCCCAUGCCCUCUCAUCACCCCCCAUGCCCUCUCAUCACCCCCCAUGCCCUCUCAUCACCCCCCAUCCCCUCCCAUUCCCUGUCAUCCACUCCCAUGCCCUCCCAUGCCCUCCCAUACCCUCCCAUGCCCCCCCACCAGUCUGGUCUGUGUCGAGCCCUCGUGGCAGCACACGCCUCCCUCGCACCAUCCAAGCCGCGCCCUGCCUUUUAAUACGUCUCAGAAUUCGCCCUCCCAUUCCCUCCCAUUCCCUCCCCCUCCCACCCCCUCCCAUAUCCUCCCAUGCCCUCCCACCAGUCUGGUCUGAUGUUGCCACCUCAGCUUCCCGCACACUCACCCUCCUCCUCAGCAUCCUCCACGUCAGCAGCCACCUGGCACCUCCCAGAAGCGCCACGUCAGCACCCGCUAUACUCCCCAAAGGCGGCCAGCUGGCAUCCGCUGUGACCCGGUGUGAAGGCAGUGCAGGGAGGGCAGCUGGGGAGAAGCGGCAGGGGGGAAGGAAGCUAGGGGAGGUGGUGCCUCGGCUGUUGGACCUGGUGAAGGCGGUGCAGGCAGAGUGCAGGGAUGGAGGGUGCAAAGAGGAAAGCCUAGAGGAGGUGGUGCCUCGGCUGUUGGACCUGGUGAAGGCAGUGCAGGCAGAGGUGGGCGGUGGGGGUGCUGCCAGUGCUGGCAGGGGCAGUGCAGGGAGGGCAGCUGGGGGUAAGCGGCAGGGGGGAAGGAAGCUAGGGGAGGUGGUGCCUCGGCUGUUGGACAUGGUGAAGGCAGUGCAGGCAGAGGUGGGCGGUGGGGGUGGUACCAGUGCUGGCAGGGGCAAACGGUGCAAGGAGGGGAGGGUGCAAGCAGCAUGGCAGCUAGGGGAGGUGGUACCUUGGCUGUUGGACCUGGUGAAGGCAGUGCAGGCAGGCGGUGGGGGUGGUGCUAGUGCUGGCAGGGGCAAGUGCGACUGA